CUCCAUCAUAUCCUACUAUCCUGUUGCUGUCUCUGUCUUGUCUGUGUGGUGGGUGGGUGUGAGUGAGUGUGUGUGUGUGGGGUUAGGGAUUGCAGGGGUCUUCUGACAUCUAAAGCCGAGUCGUGUAUGCUUGGUAAAUGACUGUAAACAGUUCUGAGUGCAGUCUGUCAUCGCUCCAGGGGAAGUUGUUGUACAACUCUCCCCCUCAAAUGGGCAUUAAAAAUUCAUCCUUCACAGGCUGCUCAAUAUUUAAUGAAUCGUCUGCUAAUUGGCUGAGGAUAAAAGCCUGCUUAACUGGGCUAAGCGUUUCAGAUUAAAACAUUUUAAAGAUUGGGAAAAGAAAGGAAAUACCGAUACAGUGUCAGGAGACUGAGCUCUCUGCAUCUUCACAUGUUCAUCCUUAUUACCCCCUUACACUGCCUUAUAUAGCCAGAGUGUUACAUCCCCAGGUUAGGAGUGCGUGUGAUUUGUGUAUGAGAAAGGAGUAGGUGUGUGUUUAUUUGCUUGUGUAUUUUUUGUGUUUGUGCAUGUUGUUCCCAGGGGUGUGGGUAUCGUUGUUGUUGGUCUGUGUGUGUGUGAAUUCCCAAUCAGUCACUCAGCAUCUGACUCAGUUGGGGUGUUCAGGGGCGAGCAAGAUGAAAGAUCAUUGUGUGAGCAAACACUUGAGUUGAGAGAGAAUGGAUGUGGUCGAGCGAGCAGAGGAUGGGUCCCGCAAGCGCAGGCCAGCGUGGUGCACGCAAAUUGAAAUUGAGAGCUUGCGAGUAUCACUUUGAGCGAACAGAACUACAUUGUCGCACGCAAUAAAUUAAUUGGAGAGCAGGGAUUUUUAUUCCACUGACUACAUGUCAAGACUCAAAUGACUGCACUUACAAAUACGCUGCAUCCCCACACGGAUGUCUCCUCCCCAUUUAACCCCAAUUUUCCAGUUUGCUGUCCAAAAUCCACCUUGCGCUCUGAACUUCAUUUUAUCGUUUUAUAACAGGAAAAUUCUACCCAAUGAACAUAGCGUGUAGCAGUCUACUGAAACACAAUUGGUCAUGUUUUUGGAUCAAUCACGAAUGCUCUAACUGGAUUUUUGAGUUUCCAUAAGGUUAGGGUUAAACGUGCUACACAUAGGAUUUAUUUAUAUUUUUGCAUUGUGAUUUCAGAAAAUGUGCAUAAUAUAUCUGCAGUAAUAAUGGAGUGAUAGUAUUACUUACCCGCCAGUGUUGUGAUUUGCUGAUAUUUGCCUAUUGAUUUCUCCCCCCUGAGCAGCAGCAAAAUGGGUUCUGACUUUGUGGACUUUUGUUAUCUAAUGGAAAUUGCUUUGUCAUUUCCAAAACCGCUUUUUGAAGCUGGUGGACCCAAACCAAAACGUUUGGUUUUGGUCCACCAGCUUUAAACAGCUGUAAAAAUGAUUAUUUAAAAAAAAAAAAUGAAAAAAUACUUUACAGCGAUUUAGAUGAUACAAUAAUUCCCUUCAAUAUUCAGUGCUUGAUCUCUCACAAAAUCUGACUUUGAGCAAACAGUGUAGAGUUUUUGCAACCAGGAAAUGACAGAGCGAUUUCACUAGAUAACACAGCCAUAAAGUCAAAACAGCUUUUCCAUUUUGACAACAGAUGCCACUCUGGUGGGAGAAAUCAAUAGGCAAAUAUCACAGCCAAUCACAACACUGGCAGAUAAGUUAUAUUGUUAAACACUACAGUUCCAAUAUUACUGCAGAUAUAUUAUUGACAUUUUGGGAAAUUAGAAUGCACAAAUGAAUUUUAAAAAAUGGUAACACCUUUAUGUUUAGGUUUAAAAUCAGAUAAAAUAGGCAGGGUUAAUGACUUUGGCUGUGGUAACUAGUGAGCACCUAUUUUUGAGCACAGAAGAGGAAAGGGUGAACGAUGGCUGUCAAUAAAGAGGUCCACUGUCACUAAUAUGUGGUGGUGAAGUCCCAAUGGGCACAGACGUCAAUUCAACGUCUAUUCCACGUUGGUUCAGCGUCAUUUAAUUGAAAUGUCGUGGAAACAACAUUGAUUAAACCAGUGUGUGCCAAGUGGGGUUGUUCUUUGCUCAGCUGACAGACCAGAGAUACAGGAGCCCAUUCGGUUCCAAGUUGCUUACCUUGGCUCUCCUCUACGUACAGCACUCUGGGGACUUCCAGCAGUUGUUCUCAGGAGACGGUCAGUGUGCGUAGAGAGAACAUGUUUGACCAGGAGGAGUCAGGCUUCUACUUCAUCACCCUGGAUCACUACACCAACGAGGCAGAGGACAUCAACUUUGGACCAAUGGCCCUGGCUUGCUGAUAACAUCUGAUCUAAUGAGACUCCCGAUGCGAUUUGACUCCUGUAUUACUGACUGGAUUCAAUAAAACUUAAUUUGAGAUUCUGUAAUUGAUAGACAAUGGUAGUUUGCAAUCAGACAAUUACUAUAAAACAAAUCUGUUUUCCUCAGUUCAAUGUUUGGUGAAUGCAUGGCAUUGUUUUGUUCUCAGUCCUCCUUUUGAAUGCUGUGUGUACUGAUUCAGUUCUAAAUGACCUUUGAGUCCAUCCUGGCCUCUUCCAUUACCACAAUGGAUUGUCCGGUCUGCUGAGAGGGUCAUUGGCUACCACCUGCUCUCCAUCGCGGUACUGCAUAACUCCAAGGCAUGGAAGCAUGCAGUAAAGAUCAUCGCUGACCUCUUCCACCCCCUCUGGCAAACGGUUCAGGUCAAUCACGAUCAAAAUCUCCCACCACCUGAAGCAUUUCUUCCCCCUGCGCUGUGGCCCUCACCAACCGGCCACCUGGUUCACAAUGAUCAUUUUAUCCGCAUGGACUUUGCACUAUUCAUCCGACUAUGCACCCUGCACUAUUCAUCCGACUAUGCACCCUGCACUAUUCAUCCACCGACUAUGCACCCUGCACUAUUCAUCCGACUAUGCACCCUGCACUAUUCAUCCGACUAUGCACCCUGCACUAUUCAUCCGACUAUGCACCCUGCACUAUUCAUCCGACUAUGCACCCUGCACUAUUCAUCCACCGACUAUGCACCCUGCACUAUUCAUCCACCGACUAUGCACCCUGCACUAUUCAUCCGACUAUGCACCCUGCACUAUUCAUCCGACUAUGCACCCUGCACUAUUCAUCCACCGACUAUGCACCCUGCACUAUUCAUCCACCGACUAGGCACCCUGCACUAUUCAUCCACCGACUAUGCACCCUGCACUAUUCAUCCGACUAUGCACCCUGCACUAUUCAUCCGACUAUGCACCCUGCACUAUUCAUCCGACUAUGCACCCUGCACUAUUCAUCCACCGACUAUGCACCCUGCACUAUUCAUCCGACUAUGCACCCUGCACUAUUCAUCCGACUAUGCACCCUGCACUAUUCAUCUGACUAUGCACCCUGCACUAUUCAUCCACCGACUGCACCCUGCACUAUUCAUCCACCGACUAUGCACCCUGCACUAUUCAUCCACCGACUAUGCACCCUGCACUAUUCAUCCACCGACUAUGCACCCUGCACUAUUCAUCCACCGACUAUGCACCCUGCACUAUUCAUCCACCGACUAUGCACCCUGCACUAUUCAUCCACCGACUAUGCACCCUGCACUAAUCAUCCACCGACUAUGCACCCUGCACUAUUCAUCCACCGACUAUGCACCCUGCACUAUUCAUCCACCGACUAUGCACCCUGCACUAUUCAUCCACCGACUAUGCACCCUGCACUAUUCAUCCACCGACUAUGCACCCUGCACUAUUCAUCCACCGACUAUGCACCCUGCACUAUUCAUCCACCGACUAUGCACCCUGCACUAUUCAUCCCAGACCAUCAUUUAGGAUGUAGUUUAUAGUUCAGUCUAGUUUUUUAGCUUAGUGUUCAUAUUGUAUGUGGAUCUGUGGAAAUUCUGUGUAUAAUGUCUUCAUAUUAUGUUUAUCAUCUGUCUCUAUAUUCUGUUUAUUGUGGUAGCACCAUUUCACAGUUUGAGGAAGCACAUAUUCACCAUAAAAAUGCACAUUUAUAAUAAAGCAUUCUAUGCAUCUAGCAUUGCAUUUGCAGACGUAUGUAAAAUAGCCUACUAAUCCUAAUGUGAUGAGUAGAUAGUCAUCAUUUAGGCUAAUAAUAUAACAAAAACUACUGUUCAAUGUGUGGCGUAUAGUAGGCUUAGGCUUUAUCAGAUACAUUUCUUCUCUUGUUUUCAUAAACACAUUUCAUGCAAUUCUACUACACUUGAUAUGAGACAUUAGAAUCAUAUUUUUUAAGACAAAAAAUACAGGGUAGUAUAGGCCUAUAGGCUACUACUGACACUGACAAACAGAUCAAUAAAA